AUGAGAGGUGGGGGUGCAUGGUCCCCCUGUCUCCGAACCCUGGGCGGACAAAGGGGCUUCUGGAGAGAGAGGAGGAAGAUGGCCAGUGGAAAUGGUCUGCCUUCGUCCUUGGCCCUGGUGGCCAAGCGUCCCUCGGCCCUGGGCCCAUUUCCCCGAUACAUCUGGAUCCACCAGGACACGCCCCAAGACAGCCUGGAUAAGGCUUGCCAUGAAAUCUGGAAGAGAGUUCAGGGGCUGCCCGAGGCCUUGCAGUCCAGAUCCUCCACAGAGCAGCUCUCUGCCACCGGGGCGGGGAUGCCAAGGGACCACAGGCUCAGCUUCAUAGACGAAACUCUGGAGAUCAGCCCUGGCAAAGACGAGAUCUCCCUGUUGGUGGAGCAGGAGUUCCUCAGCCUCACCAAAGAGCACCUCAUCCUGGUCAAAGAGAACUCCGGGAAACCGGAGGCCCCAGGUAGCUCCCCCAAGGAGGCCAGGGACCAGCCAGCUCCCUGCACACCUGCACCUCCUCCAGUGGCAGGUGGCUCUGAGCAGCCAGGAGCCUCCAUCACUGCUGGAGAUGAGCUCCUGGAGCAGAAGGUGGCCGAGUCUGCCAUCGGCAGCCGGCAGGACUGUGAUUCUGCUGUGUCUACAGUCACCGGAAUCCUGCGUGCUGCCAAGGGCAAGAGUGCCACGGGCAUGGAGAACAGGGGCCACAGCCCAGGCGCCUCCAACUCAGAAAUCAGCAAGCUGCUGGCCCAGUUCCCACUGAAGUCCACGGAGACAUCCAAGGCCCCCGACAACAAGAUGGUCCUGGAGGAGACCAGGGUCAUCAAAGACUUCCUGCAGAACAGCAUGUUCAGCAGCUCCGGACCCAGUGAGCCCCCGGGGCUGGGUCCCUUCCUGCUGCUGCCGCCUGCACCUCCUCUCACAGCCCCCGGCAAGCUCCCCGAGCUCCCUGCUCAGAAGAGGCAGCUCCCCGUGUUUGCCAAGAUCUGCUCCAAGCCUGAGCCUGACUCCGAAGGGCACCCUUUGCUGCAGGAACAAAACCCUAGCAACAAAGACUCAACCAAGUGUCAAGACUGCCUCUUUGUUAGCCAGUGGCCCCAGAGUCGGAAGGACACCUGUGGUGAGGAGGGUUGCAAUGACCCAGUGGGCACCCCGUCCAUAGCCCUGCCGCCCAAGAAGCCUGCAUGGCCAGCUGAGAAGAAUCUGCUCUAUGAGUUCCUCGGAGCCACCAAAAACCCAAGUAGGCAGCUGAAGCUUCGCAACAAAGUGGAUGUGGAUGGGCUGGAGCUGAAAUUGAACCCACCUGUCACAGCUGCCGACAAGAACAACAUCAAGUACACGGGGAACGUUUUCAACCCACGCUUCGCCACAGCCUUGACCUCAGCCACCCUGAACCAGCCACUCUGGCUCAACCUGAACUACCCACCUCCACCAGUGUUCCCCAAUCACACCACCUUCCCACAGUACCAGGGCCUGUACCCGCAGCGGGCUGCGAGGAUGCCGUACCAGCAGGCUGUGCACCCCCAGCUGGGCUGUUACUCCCGGCCGGUGACCCCGUACAACCCACAGCAGACGGGACAGCAGAUUUUCCGCUCUUCCUACACCCCGCUGCUGAGCUACAUCCCCUUCGUCCAGCCCAACUAUUCGUACUCGCAGAGGACACCUCCCAAGCUGUCCACCAAUCCCCGAGACCCUUCCCCCAUGGCGGGAGACGGGCCGCAGUACCUCCUCCCCCAGGCAUAUGGGUUUGGCUCAACGUCUGGUGGGCCCCUGAUGAACAGCCCCUAUUUCUCGUCCAGCGGGAAUGGCAUAAAUUUUUAG